AGCUGUUGGUUGGAAAGUUGUUAGCAAGUGGGGGCUGACAGUGUUUUGGGUUUUUGGGGUCUCUCUCAGUAUUAUUGUGGGGCUGCCAUUGCCUCUCACGUAACUACGAACUACGCCAAGUGUUUGCUUAUAAUUAGUGCAAGUGGAUUGGAGCAAAUACUGCCCCCCUCUCGAGCGCAAGUGGUCACCAGUGCCGCCGUUCAAAGAGCAACGUUCGGUGCUUUAAAAGUCUCCACCAACAAAAGGAGGGAGCCACCCGCCCCAAUCAUCCAGUCAUCGUUUUGUGACUUUCUCCCGAAGGCCCUGAACGACACAGGAAUCAAAUGAAACAAAGCAGUCUCCAGUUCCCCGCCCACACAUAGCAGUCGUCUCCAGGGCAGGCGCGAAGCGACAAUAAAGAAAGAGCUUCUUUGUUGUCUUUUUGUCCAUUUCAUUUGCAACGGAAGAACAGCCAACAGCUACACGCAUAGCCAGACCCAGAAGUGAAUCUCGAAAAGCUGCACAGACAACAUGACGGAGAGCGAGGAGCUGAUGAAUAAGUAUGGCGAACCCUUGCGCUAUGAUAGGAAUUUCAAGGGACCACGACAGAGGGAUCGCAGCUGCACGGAUGUGCCCUGCCUGCUGCUGUUUGCACUCUUCCUGGCUGGCUGGGGCUUCAUUGCCCACUAUGCCAUCACCCAUGGAGAUCUCAAUAAGCUGAUGGUGCCGACGGAUUCGUUUAAUCAAAAGUGCGGCAUCGAUUCGUCUGUGCUGCACAAGAAGCAUUUGUUCUUCUUCAAUUUGGAGCAGUGCAUUGAUCCGCUUGUGCCGAUUACUGGCUGCCCCACACCACAAGUUUGCGUGGAGAGCUGUCCCACUCAGACGUUCAUCUGGGACACAAUGCACGACAGCCUAAGCUAUGAGGAGCUGCGGAGUCGCCUCAUCUGUUUGACCGACGAACACAAGGCCAACAUUCGCAGCAAGUCCGACAUGCAGCGCGCCAUCGAUCAGAAUCUCUGCGCUCGCUGGUACAUCAAGAGUGCGCCCUUCCUAAAUCGCUGCAUAUUCGAAUUCUCGCCACAGAUGUGCGAGUUCAUUCCCUCGUUUCUGCUCAAGGGCGGACGCUCGCGUCGCCAGUUGAUGCUGAUGCCCGGCAAUGCCACCUCAGAGCCGGAACUGCAGGCUCAAGCUAUGGCCUUGAGCAUGUCGCAGGCGCUGGUGUUGCCGCAAUCGAAUGGCAGGCUGGAGCCCGUGCAGGAAGAGCCGGCGGUUCAGUGCCGACGAAGACUAAACGAUGCCGUCAUCAAGGAGAAGAUGAAACAAACAGACACCCGGCUGGCCAAGAUGGUGGGCAAUUUGGUGGCACAUUUCUACAACGGCACCCACGAUGCCCAGCGGCUGGGCGAGGAGAUUGUCGAGGAUCUCGUCAAUUCGUGGUCCAUUGUGCUAGUGGCCUGCUUCUGCACACUGAUCGCCUCGCUGGUGUUUAUUGCCCUGAUGCGUUGGCUCUCGGCGCCCAUACUGUGGUUCUCCAUCUUUGCCGUGCUCACCGGGCUCCUGGUGGCCAUCUAUUACACUGUGCGGCAGUACAUCUUCUGGGAGAAGACACCCACUGUGCCCAUACAUGGCCUCAAUCUGCAGUCGACAGUGAAGAAUGUGCUGCAGAACCAAAGCACCUGGCUCUAUCUGUCCAUCUUUGUGGGCGUGUGCUUUGUGGUGAUCCUGCUGUUGGUUAUUGUUCUGCGUAAGCGCAUCCGCAUUGCCAUCGCCCUGACCAAGGAGGGCAGCAAGGCAGUGAGCAGUGUCUUCAGCACCGUCUUCUUCCCGAUCUUUUCAUGGGUGCUCUUCAUAGCCACGAUUGCCUUUGCCAUCGGUGUGGGCCUGUAUCUUGGCUCCAUUGGAGAACUGUCAUUCCGCAUGGUGCAGCGACUGAACGAGGCCGGUCAAGUGACCAACGAGCCCUGUGUGUGCGAGGGACCAGCCAUUAACUAUACACUGGGCAGUGCCUGUGAUCCGCAGCUGUUUGAGAAGCAUUGCUACAACAAACAGGCCUCGACGACUGGCUUCUUCCAGCAAUCGCAGCGUGUGGCCUGCUCCCAGACGACGUGCAGCUUCCUGGACAUCGACAAUCCGCCGCUGGUCAGGUGGGCCAUCUUCUACAACAUUUUCGGCUUCCUGUGGCUGAGCUUCUUCAUCUCGGCCUUCAGCGACAUGGUGCUGGCGGCCACAUUCGCCAGCUGGUAUUGGACAUUCAAGAAGCGAGAUGUGCCCUACUUUACGCUGGCACGUGCCUUCGGCCAGACGGCAUUCUAUCAUUUGGGCACGCUGGCCUUUGGCUCGCUCAUCCUGGCCGUGGUGCGCCUCAUCCGCCUGGUGCUGGAGUACAUCAAUGAGAAGCUGAAGAAGUACGACAAUGCGGUGACCAGAGCGAUACUCUGCUGCAUGCGCUGCUUCUUCUGGCUGCUGGAGACAUUCCUGAAGUUCCUCAAUCGCAAUGCGUACAUCAUGUGCGCUAUUCACGGCAAGAACUUUUGCACCAGCGCCAAGGAUGCCUUCAAUCUGAUAAUGCGAAACUUUUUGCGCGUCAUAACAUUGGAUCAGGUCACCGAUUUUCUCUUCUUUAUAUCCAAGUUGCUGCUCACAGCCGGUGCGGGCGUGGCUACAUAUUAUUUUCUGGCCAACAAUCCGGCCAUUGUGCAGCUGCAUUAUAGAGCCGUGCCCACCACAGUGGUGGUCAUAGCCGCCUUUCUGAUAACCAGCGUGUUCUUCGGUGUUUAUUCGACGGCUGUAGAUACGCUGUUUUUGUGCUUCCUCGAGGAUUGCGAGCGAAACGAUGGCACGCCCGAAAAGCCCUUCUUUAUGUCCAAGCAGCUAAUGAAAAUUCUCGGAAAGAAGAACAAGCUGCCGCCGCGGCAGCGUCGCAGCAAGUAAGGAGAACGGAAAAGACAGUGCAAACUUAUCUAAAACUAUAUUUAUAAAUAUUAUAUUAUAUAUGUAUAAACCCUUAUCUAUUGGGUUGUGAGCGAAACCAUUGCUCAAAGCCGCCGCCGAGUAUGAAGAUGAUGAGAGAGCUGCAAAAAGAUUUACAUCAAAUGUAUGCAAAUGCAACUUUUUUUUGUUGAAAGAAUUUGCCAGUACCUUUAAUCUCCAAAAAUCACCCUUAAAAUUUGUAAAUUUAAUUUGUUUAUGGAUGAUGGAACGAAAGUCUGUCCUGGACAUCAUGUGAUAAGCGCAUACGAAACUAAAGAUAAAGACACAAAAGCAAUAUAAGAGUUUACACAAACAUUUACAUCCAGUGAUUGGCGAUUGAUAUAUCCAAAAGAUAUAGCUCUGGCCGAUCCACUAAUUUACAUAUCUCUCGUUGUACCAUUUGAUUUAUUUUUUGCAUACAAAUUGGCACUCAUAUUUAACGAAUUUAAUAAAAUUGAAUUCCCCCAAACAUGUUUUUUAGUUUAUGUUUCCCCAUUUUACCAUUCCAUUCCAUUACUUUUAUUUCCAUGAAAAAAGGCUCAUUGGAAAGUCUGAUUGGUGCGAAAAGUGCAACAAAAGUGAGAUAAAUGCUAGUUCGUAAGUUUUAUAAAUUUCGAAUACAUCAUUAUAAUAAUAAUAAUAAACAUUAAAUACUGCCACA